UCGCUAAACGCUGAAGAGGUGAAUGACUUGGUAUCCAACCGCUGCUUGCUGCGACGGAGCGUCUACCGCGGUAGCCUCAUUCGAAUGUCAUGCAAAAAUGAGGGAUACAGCUUGAUGAAAAAAGUUGAACUUGAAAACCGGUUGAAAGAUGCUGCUGAUAAUUUGUUGAAUGCAUCUACUGAGUUGUCAGACACCGUGUAUUCAGAGGCCAGUAAAAGUCUUAUGAUAAGCGAAAUGCGUCUUUUGUCUUAUUCGCAGGAACUGGAAAAGCAGGCGGCGAAUAAAUCAAAACCUAAGAAACACCCUCCUGUGGCUGGACCGUCCACUGCGAAACUCAUUUUGCAAAAGUCGGAAAAAUUUGACAUAUUCGUUGUCGCCCAGAUCGACAGCGAGAUCUGUGAUACGAGUCUUGUGUCGGACAUCGGACCGUCCAACCAAGUCGCUCCGGACUUCAAUUUGUGCUUGACGAUCUACGCACGCCAGCUGAAGGAGAAAGAGACCCUCGUACAGACGUCUACAAAACUGCUGAAGGGAAAAUUACGACAGUCACUCACCAGAAGUUACGGGCGUCUCUUGAGUGCGUACCUGAGCAAUCGAACGCAGGGCAAGCAUCAGUUCUUUUCCGUUGGCAGUACCUCAAUUCGCUUGGACGAUCUCAAACAACUGACCACCGCUUUCGAGCUUUCCCUCAGCUCAGAUGUUCGAUUUGGUCUGCCGCUCUUCGGGCACAUUUGCUGUGAUAUAGGCAUCGAGCUACAGUCGGAAAAGUUGCCAAGGAUAAGUGGAAGACUCGACUUGACGAACGGAGUUCACGAAUACAAAGACCUGUGGUGCAUGUUGCACAGUUCCAAGCUCAGCGCCUAUUUCGAACGGAAUUCGAGCAGUUCUGACCAGCCUCUGUUCGUCAUUCAAAUCAGUGAGAACAGCGUCGUAAGUUUCGAUGAGGAGAACCGGCAAAUAGUACUAGAGAUGGGUAGCAGUGACGAUUCGUUCGCCCUGUCCGCGUCGUCGCAGCAUUUCCUCAAGCGCUGGUUCACAACCCUGGAAAAACAGAUCCUUGACUGCAAGCAUUGGGGAAGAUUCGCGAAGAACUGCUCGCCUCCUUUGUCGCUGACUGAAAGUCCGGAAUUUGCGGUUCGCUACGACAGCGUUUCUGUCGAUGACCUUUAA